GUUCAAUUGCGAGCAAACGCAUCAAAACUACGUCAUUUCCUGCUUAGACGUCACAUCCUGAAUAACAACAGAAAACAACACCAACUUGACGGAUAUGUAUAAUUUAUUUGAAAUGGAAUUUAAGACAUAACAUGAAAUCGAGGGACUGCAUAACUGUAACAAUAUCACCAAAUCUCGAGGAUAAUACCGGACAUGGAGCGGAAGAAGAUCGUCAUCUACACAGAGAAAACUACGACAUCAAUAAAAACCUGGAAAACACAAAUACUCAAAAUGAUAAAUCGUACCGUGAUGAGCAUUUAGAUGAAUUUUCGACAAAAGAUGAUAACUUUGAAUCGAAACAAGGGAGCCAUAGCGGCGGAGAGAACGAUUCUCUCUCCGCGUCCAAACAUGGUGAAAAAUAUAAGGUGCAAAGGAGCGAUUUCAAGUCGAAGAGCUACAAAAGGCAUGGUAAACGCUCCCAUACGAGACCUCCAAAACCAAAAUUGUUCAGCCGUAGUAGCACAUCUCUUGAACGAAGAGAAAAACACAUAAAGAAGCACAAAGCGGUCUCAGAGGAACGCCGUCAGUUUGUUUUAUCAAGCACUCAUCCCGAAGUUGAAACCGACAAUGUUAAAGAUGAACCUAUACCAACUACAUCCCGUAUGGAUAAUGCGCAAAUCACAGAGUCGUUGCUUGAGUUCGACUGGAUGACGAAGGAAUUCUCUUUUACGGAUGUCAUAGCGCCCCUGGAUCCGAUUCCCCCGAGUCCCCGCGACGAAAUUAUUUAUGACGAAAGUCUCAGCCAGCAACCGGAACCAGUACUCGAGAUACACGAUAUCGGUGAAAUGUCCAAUUCAUGUGACCAUGAGCUGAGUGCUGAGGGCUGUAAAAGUGCACUUAGAAACGAAAGAAAAUCUAUCGAAGAGGAAAUUCACCGGAAGUGCGUCGAGCUCGACGCUCUGAUGGGACAAAUCCAGGCAGUCAAGCGGCAGCGCCGCCGUCGAAACCGGAAGUACGAGCUCAGGAAGAACGACGGCCGAACAUAUGCAGACGGCGACCCGUUCGUGCCGUCGUUUGUCAACAUAUACCCCAUCGAGCGCCGGAAGCGACCGGCUAAGCCGAUCCGCAACGCGCUGCUUAUCCGGGCGGCUAUGAAAGCGGCCUGGAGCGGCGUACUUAGCUCCUGCUGCGGAAGAGGAUGCUGGGCCACGUGGUCCUGGGUGAACAUCCACAACGUCCUAUCCGACUACGAGUGAGAACUGUGGCGUCUUGUUAAGUGCUUGAAUCGAAUUGAGUCGUCUUUGUUUAAGCGCGUUUCCGGACCGAUUGGUAAUUGGUAUUUUAUAUAUUACUUUCAGUUUGAGUGUUGUAUUGCUUUUUUUCGUUAAUUUCAUUCAAUAAGAUUUUUUUUUACUUUUGUAAUUUCAUGCAUGUUUGUCGUGUGCCUGAACCAAAAUUUGCAUCUCUUUAAAUCUUAACGUAAAAGGAAAGAUAGGAAGAAAAAAACUAAAGAGACAAAAUAAACACAUAUUAAAUUAAAAAGUCAUAGGCACUUAAUGGAUAUUUCCUGAGGGCAAAUAUCAUAGUUGGUUAGUUCUUUAGUUUCUUAUACUAAAAUCUUAAACAUGUAUUAAAACAUAAUGAAAUUCAUAUCCUUUAAUUUUUGUAGGUUAGUAUUUAAUAAUUAAAACAACAAAAUAAACUCAAA